GCUCCUUCCAAGUGCAUUACGAAGUGAUCGCUGGGCAUCCCAAUUGCGGUGGCAUCUUUACUGAAGCGAGUGGUCUAAUAAUUGGCCACAUGAAUGCCCCCAUUUGCUUGUUCCUCGUUCAACAGCCGAAGGGCACCAGAAUCCAGCUCAUUUUCGAGCAACUCGAUUUCAUGGGAUGCCAGCUGCAGACUGUUGAGGUAUUCGACGGGUCCAGCGUUGAUCAGCCGCUGCUAGGACUCUUCUGCAAUACUAUGAUGCAAGCCAAUCAGCACUUUCUUUUAUCUAGCAGCAAUCUGAUUCUACUGCGUUAUCAGUAUCAGCUGGCAGGCUUGGAGCUGCCAAGGAAUUUUAAAGUGCGAUACACUCGAGUUUGCGGCGAAAAUAUAACAUCAAAUUCGGGAGAUUUAUCGACUCCAAAUUAUCCGAAUGGAUACUUGGAGAACUUGGACUGCAUAUACCAUAUAAAUAUUCCUGUACAAUAUAAGAUCCGACUUACAAUAAUCGAUCUAUCGAUUAGUGGGGAGGAAACAAUCUCUGCUGUGGAUCAAGAUGACGACGAAUCUGUACAUUUUUCAAUUCAACCGAACUAUUUGGAUGUUUAUUUUUCUCGGAAUGCAAGCGAUAAACAACGGUACACAAAAAAUCUGACCAAUCUUGUUUUGGUCUCCAAAAAUAACCAGAUGCGACUGCACUUCCAUGGAGUUAGCAAUCCUCAGCUUGCUCGUGGUCUUCGGUUUCAAUUCGAGGCAACCUCCGCGGAAUGUGGAGGCGUCUUUACUUCCACGCAGGACACCUACGAAUAUUUUAUUCGCAAUACUAUUUGCGAAUGGAUUAUUGAAGUGCCAGGCAGAAAGCAUCUGCAUAUAGUAAUGGUUGACUACGUGGGACGGGGAAAAUUACAGUUAUUUGAUAACAGCACUGUGGGGGAAGGGAAACUACUUCGAAAUUACAAAGGGGGACAACUAGAGCCAUUUGAACUGAGUGAAGACAUCGAUUCGAAUCUUCUGACUAUAAGAGCAUUUGGGGAACAAUUUAUCUCACAACUAAAUUUUGAUUACAAACCAGCUAAUGACAUGUGUGGCGGCACUUAUUCAGCACGCUACGGUAUCAUUAAGAGUCCCAAUUGGCCAGAUAGUUAUGGUUCAUCUGAGAAUUGCACUUGGAUCAUUAGGGUGCCGUUCAGAGAACGCCUUGAGCUUAUUGUUCACAAUUUCACAACGGAAAGUACUUCGGAUCGCUGCACUGAUGACUAUGUGGAGAUCAGAAAUGGCGACCACGCGGAAGCACCGUUGAUAGGACGCUACUGUGGUUGGGAUAUUCCACCGCGACUGCCUUCCUAUGCGAAUGCCCUGUAUGUACACUUUCACUCUGAUGCACUAAUGGAGGAACGUGGCUUCCAUUUCAACUGGCAGAUUACAACCGUUGGAUGCGGCGGCAAGCUGACUUCAUCGUCAGGUUCUAUACACUCGCCACACAGCAUGUCGGGCAAUCGAGGUGCUCUGGCCUGCGAUUGGCAGAUCAGUGUGUCUGCUGGAUCAACGGUGGAUCUGCAGCUGCAGAGCCGUGACGAUCUGUGCAAUGGUCUCUUGUCCAUCUACGAUGGACCCACUGUUGGUAGUCCCAAACUGCCACUGAACUGCAGCAUUGUAGGCGAGAAAUUGGCAUUGCGAUCCAGUGGAAAUCAAGUAUUGGUGCGCUAUAAUGUGGAUGACGAAUCACCUGAAGGCAUGCAUUUUCUACUGGACUACACGACCAAUUGCAUUGUGCGAUUGGAGCAGCUGAGUGGCGCCAUUGAGACACCAAAUUUCCCCGAUAAGUAUGACACCAAUACCAAAUGCGAGUGGGACAUACGAGCUGGAGAGGCCAAGAGUCAUGUGCAGUUGGCUAUCUCCCACAUGAGCUUCGAAGCCGUUGAUCCCGAUUGUGCUUUUGACUACGUGCUGCUUCGCGACUAUCGGAACACUCAGCUCGUGAGCGAGCGACGUUUAUGCACCGCCACUCAAGAUGUCGUCACUAGUGUGGGUAAUCGACUGGUGGUGCAAUUCAAUAGUGAUACAUCGAUCGAAUCACAGGGUUUCCAUGCCGAAUUCAAGCGUGUGGGCUGCGGCGAAGAGUUGCGCGCUGCCAGUGGCAAGAUUGAGACACCGAAUGCUCCAUUCAGUGUCGAUGAGGAUUGCCAGUGGCACAUCCUGGUGCCCAAAGGCUAUCAAAUCGAACUCUCCAUUGAGGAGUUGCACAUUGAGACACCCCAACACGAUUGCAGUCAGGAUACGCUGACCGUUUGGUCUGGCAACAAUGCAUCUGAUGUCAUGCUGCGUAGCUGCCAAGUGGAGUUCACUGCUCAAAAAUUCACCUCCCCAGCAAAUGAGCUGCAUAUCCGAUUCCGUAGCAGCACGCAACGUACUCGCAAAUACAUGAAAGCCACGUACACUCAAGUGCCAGCCAAGUGUGGAGGCGCCAUUAGUGCGAGCAGCGGACUUAUUGCAUCUCCCAGCUAUUACCAACAAGGCUUGGAUGUUUAUGAUAAGGAUAUCGAGUGCGUAUGGGUCGUAGAGGUUGAACAUCCCUAUACUAUUCAAUUCAGCUUCGAUGUUUUCAAUUUUACGACGAAUUCCGAGCUGUCUAGUCUACUAAUUUAUGGCUCCAAGCAUUUGAAGAAAGGAGAUUUAAUUACGCCGGCACAUUUCAGUAUUCAAUACAGUGGCAACGACCCUUUAGAGUCCCUAACAAUGGAGGGCACUGUUCAUGUGGCAUUUAAAGCCAAAAAAGGUGCAUGGGGUAAGUUUGCGAUGCGGUUUCAACGAGGAUGCGGCGGUAAGAGAAUUGACCAGGAGGGUUAUCUAAACUCUCGACUUGAUACAAAUUGCAUUUGGGAAAUUCAGUCAGAAAAUGGAACUAGAAUUACACUUAACAUUAAUCAACUGGAGUGUCCAUGCACAUCACAAGGCGGCAAUUGCACGACAGGAUUAUGUAUAUACAACGAUGAGGAUGAUGUGCUUUAUUAUAAUCUAUGCAAAGAGCAUCCGACUAGUUUGGUUAUCCCCACCAACGUGGCACGCAUUGAAGCAGUGGGCAUUCUGCUAGCAGCUCAAUAUAGCACCCUCGAUAAUUCCUGUGGAGGUACAAUUAAGUCCGCACGCGGCACACUUAAUUCUCCCAACUAUCCGGACAGCUAUCCCUCAAAUGUGGAAUGCGAAUGGCAAACGAAUCUCCGUCCUGGCAAUGCCAUUGAACUAAGAUUCGAGGCAAUGGACAUUUUCAAGUCCGAGCACUGCAAUUUGGAUUUCCUCGAAGUACGUGCUGGUAAGACGGGCUCCUUACUGGGUCUAUACUGUGACAAUGUGCUGCCUGUGGAGCCCCUGACUGUUAGCUCGGACGUCUGGGUGAAAUUUCGAAGUCAGUCUGGCAGCACUGGGAAAGGAUUCAAGUUACGCUGGAAUUAUGCUCACAUCAAUGAAAUUUCAAAUAUCACAAGUGGUAAGAUCGAAUCGCCACCAACGCUUGCGGUACGUGGCGAUGAGCAGCCUUACAUUUGGCGCAUCUUUGCGGAACUUGACUCGAUUAUCGUGAUUGACUUUAAGGAAUACAACACUGGACUGCAGCUGUUUGAUGGUUUUGAUGACACCGGAUUGCGCAUCCCAAUACAGAACUCGCCCUGGCAGUUCACCUCGAGUAGCAAUAUCAUCUAUCUGAAAACUGUAAAUGCGGAUUUCGACGCCUUUCUGUUGAAUUGGCAUAUUCAGAGAACUGAUCAGCUGUCCGGCAAUGUGACGCUAACCGAAGGAUGUGGCAUGAGCUACAUAGUGGGACGCGAAGACCGGAUUCAAGUGAUGUCACCUGGGUAUCCACAUGGUUAUCGACCGAGGUUGAACUGCGAGUGGGAGUUCAAGGCACAGGAUGAUGAUCGCCAUGUCGUUGCAAAACUUUAUGAUGCCAGUCUGGAGGUAUCGGACAAGUGUGCGCUGGACUAUCUGAGCAUUCAGACCUCAAGCAAUAUGGUGGAUUGGCAGGAGCAGUUGCAUGUCUGCAAUAUGAGCGCAACUUCGCUUUUAAAACGUGUCGAAGGCUCACCAUAUCUAAAAAUCAAGUUCGUCUCUGACGUAUCUAUGAAUGGUACCGGCUUUAGAGCAGUUGUCGAAACCAAUUGUGGUGGCAAUAUGACUGGUAAGGUGGGCACCAUCAUGAUUCCUAAGAAGGAAAGGUGGUGGUAUCAAUAUAUGGAAGAUAGUAUCGUCUGUGAGUAUCACAUCAAUGUACGACCCGGCAGUGUCGUCGACAUAAGCAUCGACUAUCAUUCAGAGGCUGUCAACAACACUUGCACGCACUAUGGACUCAUCUAUGAUGGUGUCGACACCGGAGCACCGAUGUUGCCGCACGGCAAGUUCUGCAACCAAUUGAAUUUUAAUACGAAGUCAUAUCGGACGAGUGGACCACAUGCUACCAUCAAAUAUUUGAUGUUCGAAAAAUGGAAUAACCGCAUGGGACCUAGGCACGUGCAGAACAACUGGACUCUAACAUAUCGAGAAUACAAUGAUUGUCACUCUGAAAUUCGACUAACCCAUCUCUCGCCCAGCUACGUGCUUAGCACUCCCAAGUAUCCGGGUUAUCCUCCAGCGUACUCGGACUGCACGUGGUUGAUAGUGGCACCGUUGGGCGAAACCGUUGCUGCUACUUUCGUAGAUAUCUUCGACUUGAGUGUACAGAAUUGCGACAAGGAGUUUGUCGAGCUCUACGAUGGUUCCACAAUGAUCUCACGUCGUCUACUCCGCACAUGCCACAAGCCAGCGAGUACACGAAGCUCUGGAAAUAUGCUGCUGGUGCAUUACCAGUCGGAACUCAGUGAACCCCAUGCGGGUUUCUCGCUGAAUGUUUCGGUAAGUCAGUGCGGUGGCGAGCACACUUCCUUGAGUGGUGUCAUCAGUUCCGUGCACUAUCCCCUUCCUGGGCGGCUAUCCCAAGCCGGCGGAAUGCGAGUAUACGGUCAAGACUCGAUCCGAUACUCACAUCGAGGUCAAAAUUGCCGAUCUGCAUGUCCCCCUAUGAUGGGGAAGCAGAUGCAAAUGAUUUGGAUCGCCUUGAGUUCUUGGAUUUAUUAG